AUGUAGUCGAGUGCUGGUGGAGGAAUUAUAUUGAAAUAAUAGAGGGAAUUGGUUGCUUAUCCUCUUAAGUAUAAAGAUUUAGGAUAGGUGAAGUUACCUAAAAUUAGAUAUAGAAAAGGAGCAAAGCUAACAAAAAAUCCAUAUAAAAUUAAAAAAAUUCCAUUUAUAGAUGAUAGCAAAAGACCAAAGCGUAUUUUGGACGGUUAUGCUAUUUUAGAUGAAGCUAAAUGCGAAUUCCCAAAUGAUGUUAUUAAGAUAAAAUUAUCAAAAAAAAACAUGGUUUAGACAAAAGUAGAGGAUUUAGGGUGGUUUAUUUAUUUAGUUGAUUUGGAUAUUAGUGAGAAUGAACUAUUUUUAGAGGAUUUUAUUUAUUUGAGUGGAUUGUAAACAUUAAAUAUUAGUGCUAAUAAGAUUGAUACAGUUAAGCUAACUGAGAAUCAUACAUUUAAGAAUUUAGAAAUUUUAGAUUUGUCUUUUAAUCAUCUUAGCAUUGACUCUAUUACAUCAUUAGCAUUCAUUCCAUAAUUAAAAAAACUAUCUUUAGAAUGUAACGAUCUUAGAGCACUUCCUGAAACAAUGAGUAAUUUUUAAAAUCUUGAAGAAUUCAACUUAAGUGGGAAUCUCUUUGAAUCAGAUCAAAAUGCUUCUAAUUUAUGGUUUACUCUGGCCUCAAUAAAGAAGCUAAAAAAGUUAGAUUUAUCAAGAAAUAUUUUGAGAGGUAUUCACACUGAGAGACUUGUAGCAGGAAACUUUAUGUCUUUGCAAAUACUUGAUUUUUCUUACAACGCCGUAGAGAAUCAACAUAACUUAAUUUGUGCCAGAAACUUCAGAAAUUUGUAAAAAUUAAUAAUUACUGGAAAUCCAUUUUCAAUUAAAAAUGAGCAUAAAGGGCUAGAAAUGGAAGUAUAUGCAAGAACUGGUGCGAUUGUUGUAAAUGAGGAGAUUGAUAAAUAUUACUUAAAACCUAAAACUGACAAGAAUCGCUUUAAAAUAAAGUUUGAUAACAUUAGAAGAAUAGAGUAAGAUGAUUUCUCGAAAUAAAGAAACUACUUUUUAGGUAUUGAAAUGCCUUAGCCGAAUGAAAUAUAAGAAUAGGAGUAAAAAACAGAUGAGGAGUAGGAAGAAGAAUAAGAAGAGUAACAAUAAGAGGAGCAACAAGUUUAGGGAGAUAAUUAAGAGGAAUAAGUGAUGUUCAUUACAGAAGAUCCUAAUAUUGCUCCUGCACAUAAAAAAUCAUAGAAGAGUAUGGAAUAAAAUUAAAAAGCUAGUUAGAAUUCUCAACAAUUUUAGUAGCCUCAAUAGUCUAUUUAGUCUUAAGCAUCUGGUUCAGUAGCCAAGACAAAUAGCAUGAAUUACGAUGAGUUUAUUGAAGCUGCCAGAGAUUAGCUUGGAGACAUAAAAGAAUACGACUAGCACUAUGAUUUAAAUACUGCAUAUAAAACACUUAAAAAUAUGAUAAAAAGGCCAGAUAACUUUGAUUAAAGAGACUUAGAUGAACCAAAUUAUCUCAAGCCUACAGCAACUAUAUAAAGAUAUAAGUUUAAAGAACAACAAUCUUAAUUAGUUACUGCAGACCAAAUGGAAAAAUAUGAAAAAAGAAAAUCAAGUAUAGGAAAUAGUCAAGAUAUAUCUAAAUUAAAUAAGAAUAAUGCUUAACAAAGGUAAAACACAGAAGAGCAAAAGCUCAAAACAAAGCUUUCAUCUGAUGAAGUAGUUAAAGAUAUUGCAAGACUUUUUUGA